ACUAAGACAGAGAGAGAAAGUGUAUCUGUGAGAGCGAAUCAAUGUCUCUGCUUUCUCCAGAAGAUGAUAUUUACUACUUUUUGUGUCAAUUAGCUGUAUAACGUCUUCUUCACAUAAAACAAGAACACAACUUACUAAAAACAUUAUUUCUUCUUGAAAUAUGGAUUUCAUUCUCGAAUCCUAGAGAAUUCCAUUUAGAACUAAAGAGACAGAGAGAGAGAGAGAUAGAUCCAGUUUCUCGUCCCAGUUAAGCUAUGGCCAUGUCCAAAACCUUAUCUUUUUUGUUCCUCUUAUGCUUUCAGAUACAUGGAACGAUGUCUGCAGCUGAAAAUUCCUCGUUUUCAUUCAAUGGGUUUGCUAUAUCUCCCAGUUUUGACAAGAGUGUUGCUCUGUUUGGGGAUUCGAAGCUGGUCAAUGACAGUUCUUUGAUUCAGCUGACUGAUUCAGUGACUCGAAGCGUUGGACGAGUCGUUUACAAGAAACCCAUCAAUCUUUUCCAAGGUAAACAGAGGAAUUCGAGAUCUUUCUCGACUCACUUCUCGUUUUCUUCCAUGUCCAGUGAGAUUAGUGAUGGUGCCUUGGCUUUUGUAAUGGUUCCAACUAGUUUGGAUCUUAGUCUGUUUGGUAACAAGGACAACAGUUCCUCUGCUUUAGGGUUCCUAUCACAAUAUGCAAAGAACGAGACAGUUUUUGCUGUUGAGUUUGAUAUCUCCAAGAGAGGAAACUGUGCAAGAAUCUUAAUUGGUAGACCUGAAUCUGCCCAAAUUAGAAACCUUUCCUUUGUGGGUGACUUGAUGAUGGACAAUGGAGGGACUUUGAACUGUAUGAUUGAGUAUGAGGCAAGUUCUAAGAGAAUGAUGGUUCGAUUCAGAAAACCUGGUUCGAUAAAGCUGUUGGAUCCAUUCUUCUCUUUCUCAGUAGACUUGGCCAAGUUAUGGAAAGGUGGUGAAGUCACUGUGGGUUUAAGCUCUGCCAAUGGGAACUCUUCUUCCAAGGCACAUUUUCUCCAUUCAUGGAGCUUUGAAAUAAGGCAUCCUCCUCCGAUGUGGAUGCAUUCAGUGCCGCUUGAACCGAAUGAAGUUUCAAAGGAGGAAGAUGGUCGAGGGAGAAGUGAGUGUAUAUGGAAAAUGCUUGGUGCUUUGUUUUUUGGUGCUGCUUGUGGAGCCUUAGGGACAAUGCUUGCUUUGUAUAUCUGGACGAUAUGCCGUGUUAGGCGGUCAAUGGCCGUGGUUCCUGAGGAAUGUGCUAUUGAACAAGGCAAGAAGUAGUGAGUAAGUAGUUUGGUUUUGUUUUGAAAAGUUGUCCUGCGUUGUGGUGUAAAUUUAGGAACUUCUUCUUCUUCUUCUUCCCUCUUGUUUUACUUUAUCGUUCUUUAGUUAUUCUUAUGUUUGUGUACUUAGUUGCAGGUUUUGUGGUAUGACUUUUCACAUGUAAAAUCUAAACUGUGAGAAGAUGUAAGCUUAUUGGUAUGUUGCCAAAUUAACCUGGUUGUUGAUGUUGUUCUUGAUCCA